UCAUUCAGCACUCGAAUAAAACUGCAGCCAACUUCCGAGGCGCCCUCAUUGCCCAUCAGGACCCCAGCCUCUGGCAGGUUUGGGCUGCCCUCUCUGCCCUGUCCUCCGCCGGCCCCCCGCCCAGCGCGCCAGGACGCUCUAGCUCCACUCGCUUGCUCUCUCGGUCCGCUCCGACGCCAUGGAGAAGUUUUGGUGGCGUGCCGUCUGGGGACUCUGCCUCGUGCAGCUGAGCCUGGCGCAGAUCCAGUUGAAUGUAACCUGCCGAUAUGACGGUGUAUUCCAUGUGGAGAAAAAUGGUCGCUACAGCAUCUCGCGGACAGAGGCUGCUGACCUCUGCAAAGCUUUCAAUUGCAGCCUGCCCACCAUGGCCCAGAUGGAGAAAGCCCGGAAGGCAGGGUUUGAGACCUGCAGGUACGGGUUUAUAGAAGGGCAUGUGGUGAUCCCUCGGAUUCACCCCAACGCCAUCUGUGCUGCAAACCACACAGGAGUGUACAUCCUCACCUCCAACACCUCCCACUAUGACACGUACUGCUUCAACGCUUCAGCUCCGGAGGGACAUGAUUGUGCAUCGAUCACAGACCUGCCCAAUGCCUUUGAUGGACCAAUUACCAUAAGUAUUAUUAACAGUGAUGGCAGCAAAUACAUCCAGAAAGGUGAAUACAGAACUAACCCUGAAGACAUCAACUCUAGCAACUACACCAACUCUACUGAGGAUGACAUGAGCAGUGGAUUCUCCAGUGAAAGAAGCACUUUAGGAGAUUACAUAUUCCACACCCACCUUCCAACUGCACAACCAACCCAAGACCAAGGCAAUCGCUGGGAGUUCGUCACCCCAGAGGAAACCCCCACUACCAGUAUGGAUUCAAGUCUCAUCUCAGCAGGCUGGGAGCCAACUGAAGAAGAUGAAAGUGACAAACACCCUAUUCAUUCUGGAUCAGGCAUUGAUGAUGAUGAAGAUUUUAUCUCCAGCACCACCACACGACGGGUUUUUGAUGACCCCAAACAGAAUGACAAUUUGCAGCAGUGGAGCCCAGACUUUUUAAAUCCAGAAAUAUUACUUCAGACAACCACAAGGAUGACUGCAGAUGUGGACAGAAACGUCACCAGUGAUUAUGGAGAAGACUGGACCCAGGAACCACAUUCCACUCUCACUCGCCAUGAGCAUCACGAGGAAGAGGAGGCUCAGCAGUCUGCAAGCACAACCCCGGCAACCCCUAGUAGCGCAACAGAAGAAACAGCUACCCAGAAAGAGCAAUGGUUUCCGAACAGAUGGCCUGGGGAGUAUCCCCAAACGCCCAAAGAAGACUCUCCUUCAACAACAGGGACGGCUGUCACAACAGCCUCAGCCCAUGACAGCCAUCCAGAUCAAAGAAUGACAACGCAGAGUCAAGAGGACAGUUCCUGGACUUAUUUCUUCGACCUAAUCUCACAUCCAAUGGGACAAGGUCAUCAAACAGAAAAAACAAUGGAUAUGGACUCCAGCCAUAGUACAACACUUCAGCCUUCUGCGGAUCCAAACACCAGUUUGGUGGAAGACUUGGACAGGAUAGAACCUUUUUCAAUGACAACUCAGCAGAGUCAUACUCAGAGGUUGACUACAUCACAUGAAGGCUUGGAAGAAGAUAAUGACCAUCCAAUGAUUUCUACUCCAAAAUCUAGCAAUAGGAAUGAUGAAGGAGGUGAAAAUCUUCCUAAAGACUCAACUACUUCAGUGGAAGGUUAUACUCCUCAAUCUCCAGACACAAAUGAGUACAGGACCUUCAUUCCAGUGACUCCUGCUGGCACUGGGUCCCCUGGAGUUACUGAAGUUCCUGUUGUUGGAAAUUCCAUCUCUAACGUUGAUGGUUCCUUAUCAGAAGACCACGGCUCAUCUUCUGACCCCAGCGGGAGAGCGCAUACCACUCAGGGAUCUGAGUCAGCUGGACACUCAAGUGGGAGUCAAGGUGGGGCCAACACGACCUCUGGUCCUAUAAGGAAACCUCAAAUUCCAGAAUGGCUGAUCAUCUUGGCAUCCCUCCUGGCCCUGGCUUUGAUUCUCGCAGUUUGCAUCGCUGUCAACAGUAGAAGAAGGUGUGGGCAGAAGAAAAAGCUGGUGAUCAACAAUGGAAAUGGAGCCGUGGAGGACAGAAAGCCAAGUGGACUCAACGGGGAGGCCAGCAAGUCUCAGGAGAUGGUGCAUUUGGUGAACAAGGAGCCGUCAGAGACCCCUGACCAGUUUAUGACAGCUGAUGAGACACGGAACCUGCAGAAUGUGGACAUGAAGAUUGGGGUGUAACCUCUACACCAUGACCUUGGAGAGAAAUGACACAUAACCAUUACAGGGAGCUGGGACACUCCACAAUGCAAUGUGCUACUGAUUAUUUCAUUGGGGUUUUUUUUUUAGCAUAAAAUUUUCUAUUCCUUUUUGUUUUUUGUGUUUUGUUUUUUAAAGUCUGUCCAAUUUAUAAAAACAGCAUUGCUUCCUUAAAUGAGGGCCCAAUGAACACUCAACAAGAAUUUCACCGUUCCAGUUCCCAUCUAGAAGCCUCUCACUCCCUGGGGGUGUGCUAUGGACAGCUUCUAACAAAAGCCACGAAUCCCUCUUCCCAAUCCCCAACUUUCCUUCCACCCUACCUCCCAGGUGACAGCCACAUGCUAAGGACAUCCCUAAAGCUAAGAGGGAUUGGUCCCUGGGAGGAAAUUUGAAUGGGUCCUUAUUGCCCCUCCAGCAGCCCAAUCCCUGGGCAUUGCUUUCCAGUGGGGUAGGGGAUCGGGGUGUACUGGUUACACAUCCCCUUCUACAGACCUCCUGGAAAUUUUUCAGAUGCUUCUGGGAAAUGCCCAAAGGGUGAAGCUAUUUAUCUGUAGUAAGCUAUUUAUCUGUGUUUUUGAAAUAUUAAACCCUGGAGGUCCUUUGAUCAGUAUGAUAUUUUUUUUUAUUAAUUCGUCAGAGGCAUAAAAGGGUUUAAGCUGACUCAUAAUAAAUAUCUGUACUUCUUCCACUUUAACCUUUUGUGCUGUGAUCCUUCAGUUUCUUAAUCAGCAAGGUUUGGGUGCCAACCGUUCAUCAGGAGGAUGUGAGAAGGUCUUCCCUGAAAGUCUUCAUCUCAGAGGCGCUAAGUCCCCACUCAGGCUCACUCAACCAAACCUCACAGAAGAUCAAGGAAGACAGCACGAGUUUAUUUCUGAGGCUCCAAAGGCUUCCUAGAAGCAGAAUUGUAGGAGGGGAGCUUCAGCUGCUUUAUGUUUUAAUGGCCACCUGUUCUCUCCCCUGACGGGCUGUGAAAAGUCACACUAUAUUUGCAUGACUUACCACUGUGGCAUCCCAUUUCAUGGACACUGACCCCAUUGGUGAUGUCCAAAAACAAUGUGGAAGUGCCUGUUGACCUCUUGUAAUCAAAGGAAAAACAAUGGAAAUGAAAGAGAGCAUAGAGAGCAGCCAAAUGAUUGGCACAGGCUGGGGAAAGGGGAGAGGGAGCAGUGCAGAUCCUGUUUGAGUAAUUUUAUGGCUGUAUUUGUUUAUACUUUAACAAGCCAGUUAUCUGUCCCCAGUGCAGUUGCUACUCAGGAUAAGUUAAGUGCCUGGGGAAUCCCUCAAAAGGUUAUAGGACUUCCCCCCAUUGGAAACAUCACCAGAUACCAGGGUCAUGGCCAAAUAAGAGAUUAAUGGCUUUAUCCUUUGCUUGGCAAGUCCUUUGUCAUCUUUAUUCCUAUGUUCAGAAGGCCCCACUCAGCCUGGAACUUCCAUAGGCUACUUGUAAUAGAAGAGAUUGAAUCUAUAAAGUAAGGGCUCCUAUAAAAUGAGGCCUCCUUCCUUAGGUUCCCAUGAAAAGUCAUCCGUUGCCUAAUCUGAUUUGCUUAGCUGGCAAUGUUCCUCACACAAAAGGAAGAAAGAUGGAGAUGGGAGCGGGUGGGGGUCGGAGGAAGAGGAGGGAGAGGAGAAAAAGAAGAAAAAGCUCCCAUGUAAAUCAGGGUGGGGCUUAUACAAAGAGUUGGUUCUGAAGGAGAUAUUUAAAAAAGAGAAACCCACUUUCUGCACUCAUUCCCAAACUUUACUCUCCCCCAUCCACCCCCACAUCCCCCUCCCUGCCAUGGUCUUUGUAAACCUCCUUUCUCUUCUUCUGUGAACAUGGUUGGCAACUGUUAUAUCAGCUGUGUGGUUUUCUUUUUAUUUUCAAGUUGAAAGAAAAUAAAAUGGACAUCUGGUCA